AUCUUUUUUUCUUCCUCUCUCUCAUCUCUCUCUUUCUCUCACUAGAGUAGCUACAAAUAUAAAAUAUUUUCUUUUUAGUUGUGGCUUAGGACUUUAAUUUAUAUAUGUUUUUUUAGUCUAAAGUUGAAACCUUUGUAUUCUUCUAUGUGAUGGUUGUGUGAAUUCUCUCAAGAAAACAAACCAAAGUCAUCUCUUUCCCACCUUCAAUCUCAAACUCAUGGAAACAUCAACACCAACAACCAAAAUCUAGGGUUUCACAACAUCAACUUCAUCAAGAGAGAGAAGCUAUAAUGGAGGAAGUUGAACAAGCUAGUAGAACAGCUGUUGAAAGCUGUCAUAGAGUUCUGAGUAUGUUAUCUCAACCAAGAGAUCAAGUUCAUCAUAAGAAUUUAAUGGUGGAAACUGGUGAAGCUGUGAAUAGGUUCAAGAAAGUUGUGUCUUUGCUUCAUAAUGGAAUGGGUCAUGCAAGAGUUAGGAAGUUUAGGAAUCCGAAACAAGUUCCUUUUCCUCAAAAUGUUUUCUUAGACAAUCCCGUUUGCAAGAAACCGAACAAUCAUCGCACCAAAAAAGUUCACUUUGGUCAAACUACUUAUCCUGAGAAUUCGGUUCAGGAACUCGGAUUGACCGUGAGAAAUCCAAAUCCAAAUCCAAAUCCAAAUCCAAACACUUCUUUGGAAUUGAGCUCUAAUGGGAAGAGUCCUCUUCCCCUUGCUCAACAAGCUGCGUCGACUCACUAUCCGUUCUUUCAGCAUCAGCAGCAACAGAGGUUAAUGAUGCAGCAGCAACAGCACCAGCAGCAGCAGCAAAUGAAGCAUCAAGCGGAAAUGAUGUUUCGACGGAACAACAUUAACAGCGUAAACCUUAAUUUUGACAACACUACUAGUGGCACGCUGACAAUGUCGUCUACUAGGUCUUUCAUUUCGUCGUUGAGCAUAGACGCAAGUGUUGCUAACUUGGAUGGAAGUUCCUUCCAUUUAGUGGGAGCUCCAAUCUCUUCGGAUCAGAAUUCACAGCAGCACAAGAGAAAAUGUUCUGCUAGAGGCGAUGAGGGAAAUCUGAAAUGUGGCAGCAGUUCGAAAUGCCAUUGCUCAAAGAAGAGGAAGCAUAGAGUGAAGAGAUCAAUCAAGGUGCCUGCUAUCAGCAACAAACUUGCCGAUAUCCCUCCUGAUGAUUACUCGUGGAGGAAGUACGGGCAGAAGCCGAUCAAGGGCUCUCCUCACCCUAGGGGAUAUUACAAGUGCAGCAGCAUGAGAGGAUGCCCGGCUAGGAAGCAUGUCGAGAGGUGUUUGGAAGAGCCGACUAUGCUAAUUGUUACCUAUGAAGGUGAGCAUAAUCAUCCCAAGGUACCAACACAAUCUGCAAAUGCAUGAACUACUACAUGGAGAGGCUUAUCAUUCAAUUUGUCAAAACCUCUAUGUGAUUGAUUUGGCUUGAGAUGUUUCUGUACAUAUUUCAAGUGAUGAAAGCAGGGUUGCAGAUUUUGGCUUUUGGAUAGCUUGGUUGAGGGGUCGUUUAUUAGAGGGGGUGUCGAUGAAGUUUAUCGGUUAAGUGCAUUGAGUAUGUAAAAUUGAGUAGUUUUAAUUCGGAAAAACUAUUUUUAUUUUUCUUAAGUAUGUUAUAUACAUUUCAUGGUUCUUUCAAUUAAUGGAAAUCUGUCUUUGGAGAA